UUCGUUCAGUCGUGCGUGUGUGCGGUCUCGUGUUCGCGCUUGUGUGUUAUUCGUUCGAUCGACCUCGAUUUUUCUGCAUAUCGUUUCAUAAUUAUAAUUCUCGUAUAAAAAACGUACACUAUCCCUAUAAGAAAAUUAAAUGCUAAAAGUAGGUACAGUUUUUGCGUACGCUGUUCGGAUUAUGUUCUUACAUUAUGCGAUGCGAUGUCCAUGUGCCUACAAAAGCAUCGUGACUUUAACCGGCGAAUUAAUUUUUUUGAAUUCGUCUGACGUAAUAGCUGAAUAAUGGCUACUGUGGAAAUAACGACUUACGGGAGGCCACCGAGUCGUGGAGACAUGGCGACAAUAAUAGAUGGACGAAACAAACGGCUGAAAAUCGGAAAAACAAUGAGAAGAACAUCGCCAAUACCAGUUCUUCCACCUAGAAUUCCAACACCUAUGCCAAAUCUACCGAAAGAUAGUUCCUCAAAACUAAAAAUUGCCAAGUACGAAAAGACAUAUCAAUCUUCCUUAGCGGCUCGUAUGUUACUAUUCACAACUGAUUCUGAAAAAGAAAAUGGGAAACGUAUCGUAAAUAAGCAGCAGCAGCAGCAGCCGCCGUCUUCGUCGCCCGCCGCCGCCGCCGCCACCCCGUGCCACCGUCGUCGCCGCGCCGACGAGGAAGGGGAAGACCGGCACCGUCACCGGACCAGUGCCGUCGUCGUCCCGCCGCCGCCGAACGGAGGCGGUCGCAGUAGUGCCGCAUACCCGGAACAGUCCGCCCGUAGUCGGACGCACCGCAAGGACGAUACGCACGCGUUAUACGCCGCCGCCGCCGCAAAGGCCGAAGACGAAGUCCGACGUUUGACUCGCGGUCGCUUGCCUUUGCCGACGACGACGACGACGACGACAGACGUCGAAGCCGCGGCUCUGGACUUCCGCAGACGAAGGUACGGAAUGUACGCCACGGCAGCUGUUACCGCGGAUGACCGUUACGGACACCGGUACGGCCUGUCCUCCGGCUUGACGACGUCGCAGGACCCGAAGACUUCGUCGGCCGCCGCAGCGUUUUUCUUGAGGGCGUCUCAAAAAUUGAAUCUAAAUGGUUCGCCUCAUCGCAGAAAAAGACGGGGAUCUCAAGGAGAAGAUGCUAUGACCACCUCGCAUGGAUUCGCCAGCGGCCUGCACAAGCACGCACCUCUUCUGCCGGCAUUGUUGCAGCGACGGAUUGCCGGCAAAGAACUUACCGGCGUGGGCAAGGUCAAAGUGAUUUUGAGAGUAACCAAAGGGGCUGACGAACAACCAGCGGCGACGUCCGAACCCAGUAACAACUUCAUGUCUGUGGACAAGAAGCACAGACAACUGACGCUAAUUGAUCCGAACGCACCUCCGGCCAGCGACGGCAGUCGGCGCGUGGGCGUUGCCGCUCCCAAAAUGUUCGCUUUUGACGCGCUGUUCACGCAAGAAGACUCGCAGGUGGACGUGUGCAGUGCUACUUUGAUGGAUGUCAUACAUGCUGUCAUUCAUGGAACCGACGGAUCUGUGUUUUGUUUUGGCCACCAAAAUCUAGGUAAAACGUACACAAUGAUCGGAUCGCCGGAAGACCCACAAACGUACGGGAUCAUACCGUGCGCCAUAUCGUGGCUUUUCAAAGGCAUACAGGAGCAGAAGGCGAGGACCGGGGCGCGUUUUUCGGUCCGCGUGUCCGCCGUAGAAGUGUCCGGACCCGCAAGUCCCGUUAAAGACCUGCUGGCCGGCCAAUCCAACG